UCAUGUACAAAUUGAUAUGAGGGGGGGGGUCCAAAAAUCGUUCAAUAGGACAGACCCAAUUUAUAGACGAUUAUUUCUUUCAUUGUGAUUAAAUCUGAAUUUUAGUUGAAAAUCAAAUGAGUUAUGAUUUAAAACUAGGCCGGAGUCAAGACUGCUAAUAUCUGAUGUGGACACAGUAGUGGAGAAUAUGGUGUCAGUGACGGAGUCUGAAGAUAAAGAGAUAUCUACUCUUGAAAAUAAUACAGAACCACCAGAAAAUUCUGAAACAACGACCAGGCCAGUUGAAUAUCUAGCUAAAAGUAAAGAAGUGAUAAACAUUAAUAUGUUAGAUAAACCAGAAUCAAAGAUGGGAAAUUGGGAACACGGAAGUGAUCGAGUUCGUUUUAUUGAUUUGCACACUGACAGCACAGAGGAGGAGGAUGAACCUUUAGAAGAUGAAGAAGAUGAUCUAGAUAAUGAUCCUCUCAAUGCUAAAGCAAUCAAUGAUGAGAUGAGUCUCCGUCUCAGCAGUAUUCAAGAUGAUGCAAUUAGAAUGCCAGACAAGAUAAACACUUUAUUGAGAGCAAUUAUAGUAUUGGAAUUCUCAGUGAGAGAGAUAAACACAAUAUUUGGAAAAAACAAGGCAUUGCAGUGCAAGAGAAGAAAAAAACUGUAUCAUAUAGUUGAUUCGCAAUGUUAUAAACAUUCCACAAGAGGUCCAUGCGCUGAGGAUGAACUGUUUUUUGCUGUUCGUGGGGAACUGCACGGAGUAUGCAAAAUAAAUCUGUGUCAGGAUCCUCAGCUUCCAAUACUGUACAACGACGAAUGUGUUAACAUUCGAACCUCUUGCCCAGCAGGGAUGCAACUGUAUUACAACAAGUACGGUGAGAGUGUAUGCGGGUGCAUUGAAGGAUCACUGUACAACCCUCAGCUAAACCAGUGCUUUAAUGAGUAUUCUGUAGGUAGCUGUCCGGCAACCAGAACUUGGAGAAAACGACCAAGUCAGAGAAAGAGACUGUUGAGGACUCCUGGUUACUGUAAACAAACUAAUUGUACUAUUGGUGAAGUGGAAUGGUUUGACGGAAAAUGUUACAGAGUGCAAGAUGUUGAGAAGACAAGUCAAUGUUAUGAUGAACUAGCCCUCCAAGAUGAUACCCAAGAAAUAAUUUGUCAGCUCAUUUACUCAGAACGUGGAAUAUUAAACGGCCAAGAAACAAACUGUAGACGAGGAAGAGUCUGGAGUACAUACAGACAAGCAUGCGUUCAACUAUUUGGAUAAUAAAGAUGAUUUUUGUUUUGUUUUGUGUGUAUAUGAAAUGUAUAUAAAUAAAUGCUAUAUAUUAAAAAAA